GCACACAUUCCCUUUAUUGAUCUCCACUUCACACAAACACUGCAGUACUGUGUAUUUUACUUACAGUAGUAAUAAAAUAAUUAAUAUCAUGAUUUAUGAAAAACAGGUUUAGUAAUUUACAAUGACAUUAAGGCCUACCCUGCUUUACUAAGGCCUUGUUUUUAAAGAAUGACUAUAAAUUUCCUUCUAUCUGUGCAAAACGUAGAAAAAGAACCAUACAAAAGUGACUGAAACAGAAUCCUUUUGAAAAGGCAAAAAGAAUAAAGGAUUUUCUAGAGUAUACUGCACAACACUGUUGUAAUAAUUACUAAACAACCACUCCAUGUGAUUAAAUCUAAAAUUUGAUUUUCUUUCAGCAAAAUAUGGACUUCAUCUGAGAGAUUGUAAUACGUCUUUCCAUUUGGUAUUGAAUUUACAGCUCUUUUAAGCUACUGUAUGUAGUUAGUCAGGAAGAGUGACCAGAAAAAAUAAGGCCUAAUAUAUUUAUUUUUUCUCUUGAAAGCUGAAUUCCUGAAGUGAUUAAAAUUAGGAUAACCAAUAUAUCAAAUCUUAUUGAAUAGGUCUUAAGUACAGAAAUGUAUAUGCCAGUAUAACUUUAAAUGCAUCACAAAGUACCUGGGCUAUGAGCUAUAAUGUACCCAUUCAAUAAAUAUAUCCAAUCCAAUAAAUAAUGUUAGCUGCUUGUCUAAGGCUUUGGUCUCACAUCCAAGUGAGACUUUUCCAGAUUUUCAAUGAAGGAGAAAUGUGGUCUGUAGUCAUAGCAACACAGCUUCCCAGACAAGCUAUCUGUGGAAUAAACAAGAUGACAGCAUUUAAAAAGAAAGAAAUUAAAUUCAAUCCAACCCUCUGGAACUCUGUCCUCUAGCUCUUUAAACACAAUGGAACUACUGUAAAUUUAAAAGCUUGUGGUCAGUACUUGCCUCUGGCUGUCAUACAGGAAGCUAAUUUUAAAACAGAUCUGUAAUGAUAGCUUGUCUGAGUGUGUUUUGUGACACCAGGGAGCCUUUACGUCUCUAGGAUAUACUGUGAAUGGAAGUAAACAGCAAUAGAAGGCAAGUCCCAGCUACACACAAACUAGCCGUUGCCUAGUUAGUCUCAGAACUGGGAAUGGAGGUUAGAAAAACAAAAAGUUCUCCUGUUGAAAAAAUUGGAACCAGCUUGUUUCAUCAUCUUCUGGACAAGAGGACGCUUUUGAAUCCCAAGGAAGAGGUGAAGUACCUGUUGCAUCGGUUGAUAUUUAUUGCUUACAUUUCCCCCGAGCUAGCAGAUAAAAGGGACCUUGGAGCUCACUAUGAACAACUUUAUCAGAAACUUCAGCAGUUUUACCAAGGAGAUGGAGUCACUGGUCUGCUUCUUAUCUACCCAUCCUAUGUGGUUCAUACCAUCGAGUCCUCCAGUGAUGUCCUUUUCUCUGUGCUGCGAGACCUGAGGAACAUGCAGGAGCACAGAACCCUAAUUGUGGACCCCAAAAUAUUGGUAAUGUCACAUGACAUUCCAAACAGACUAUUCCAGCAGUGGAGCUACAAGGUACUCAAAUUACCAGCAAGGACCCUGGUGGACAAGUCUCACAGGGAGCCCACUGAGAAACUGGUCAGUGAGUCCCUGACACUGCUGCUCAGACUGGGCACGUACCUCCUCAGGACUCCCAAGAGCUCUAAAACCCCUCCAGACUCAAUCCUGGAUAAAGUUCCUGAACUGAUCAUCCCACAGGACACGAUCGGAGACCUUUUAGAAAGAGAGGAGCUCCUGAGCUCACAGAAGUACCUAGAAACCUAUGAUUCUCCAUUAAAUAUCGUGAUGGAUUCCGAACGUGUCUGGCCCCCUUCGGAACAUCUUGGUCCCAUAUAAUGCGGAAAAAACAAUUCUGUCUGCGAGCUCUGCUUGUAACGACACUUUUUUAAAAUAAAAAUAAAGAUUUUGUGGUAAAUCUUGACGACUGAUACACAAAUGGGCAAAAUAACCCAUCUUUGGUUACCAGUCUGUGGGUUUCACAUUGUCCAACAGCGACAGCCUGUGGAGACGUGGUAUUACUAUAAUAUUUCAUUUUUCUGUCCCAGUGACAUGAUCUUCUGCCCUCUAAUCCUAGAUUUGUUAUCCUAGAUUUACUGUAUUAAUGGCAUAGUAGACUACUAUUAAAGACUAAAAAUCGAAAUCACUGUUAUAUAAUGUCUGCAACUGUAUUAGAAUGCUUUAGAAGGGAAUAUUUUGUUUUAAUUUUGUAUUAAGCUACCAAUCUACCUUAAUUAGGUAUACUUAGUUUAUACCUAGUUUGUUGAAUCCAUUUCUAUCUUUUGUUUAAAAUCAUUCCAUUAUGCAUAAUCAGCUAUAUAACAGUCUAAACUAUUGAUGCCAUUUAAGACCUAUUGUAAAGACCAUAGGGAUAGGUAUAAGGAAGCCAUACCAAGAAUAUUAAAAACAAUUUUUUCUCAACCUGGAAACAUUUAAGUGCUCAGUUUUCAACUAUAUCACGUACAGUGAAAAAACUAAAUUACUUUUAAUUAAGGAUUAAUUUUUUUUAUAGGAAAGAAGUGGAUAGGGUUGCAGACUUUCCAUUUAAUUUUUUUUCUUCAUUUUUUGGAGCUUAUCCAAUCUCUACCACUCUUUAGUUUCUCAGUUUCCCUGAUUUGUUAAUCCCCAGAUACUUCACUUUCCAAAGAGAGGCCAGCAUUUUCCAAAUGUGAAUGUCUGAAGAUACUGUAUAAGAAGACAACAAGCCAAUACCUGCCCUUAUCCUGUGCUCAGGAUAGAAGUAUAAAUUAUAUAAUUCCAAGUAUUUUAAAGGUAGCUACCAAUACAUGUGUUCCUCGGGACUUUUCUGGACCUUAUGUAAACCUUGUGAAUCAAGUCUAUAGUUCGACAAGUUAUAUCCUUAUAUCGGUGGAGCCAGCAUCUUGUGUUGCAGACAUACAGUACAUGUAUAGAAUCACACUCUGGAACUCAAAUAGCAAUGCCAGUUGAAAUAGUUAAAAAUGUAGAUUUUCUUUUUCUCUUUAAUCGGUUUUAACAUUUUGAUAAGAAGGGAUGUUGCAGGUCUCAGGAAACAGACUGCAUUUGACCAGUAGGAAGCAGACAAGGAAGAGAGGACCAACAUGUCCAACAUGUCCAAACAGACUGACCACUCCCUUUCUUGGCUCUUCAGAGCUGAAGUGUCCAGCAGCCCUUGGACAUCCAAAGCUGACUGCAACUAAAAGAAAGUCCUUCUUCUUUUCCUUUUUUCCCCACCAUGUUAUUCUUCCAUAACAAUGUCCCCCCCUUUUUUUACAAAAAGGAUACAUCUGGGGUUGAUCAUCUAUACAGUUUGAGCAUGCACCAGAUUUACAGAUCUUCUUUGUACACCAAGUGACCUGUGCUUUCAGAGAAAAGCAAACAUAAAGGACUAAGCUGCCCCAUUCACACCUGUUCUGGUCCAUUUUUGUUUUCUAGCUCAAACAAAUUCUCUUUGUUCUCUGAGUCUGAUUGUUCCCUCCCGAAAACACCUUGGCAUAUACUGUCUGCCACACUUUGGAAAAAGUGUGUCAGGCAAUAUUCAUUGUAAAAAACCCAACCCAAAGUCAGUUGUUUUCCCAGCAGUGUUACUGUUCGCCUCUUCAAAAACCCAGGUGCUUUAGUGGCACAUUUGAGGGAUCCAAAUUAAGACAGGACAGUGGAUUACAAAGACUAUUCAAUGGAUUGUCUCCCUGCUUGGGUUGCAAGACACUGGAGAGGAGGGGUAGUGGCGACUGUAUUUUAUUGCUUAGCUGAAACUGGGAGGUCACAGCUGAUGGUUUUGGCCAUGAAACUUUGGUCCAUACCCUCUUACUACCAUCAGAGAUCAUUUCCAUUUGCAAUAUUAUAUUUA